GCUUACAAGAUGGCGUCAAUAAUCAGCAGUGUGACAGGGUACUUUAAGAGCCCUGAAAGUCCUCAACUCUGUGGUCAGCUCAAAAAUACUUUCUGCUACUUAUCUAUCAGGGACCGGCACCCUAUCUCUAUCACCAAGAUAUUAGACCAGACAUUCAAGAUGGGGUGCAGUAACUCGUCUCUGGAACAGGACACUAAAUGUGUGGCAGCCAAACUUUCUCGGCUCAAAAGCAGAUUGCAAACUGAUAAGGAGUUGGAGUUAUUAGAAGGAGAGGGAGAGGAUGUGGAUAUUUGGAAUAACGCAGUGAAGCAGCUUCCUUCUGAUAGUAACACUUGGUUUACCGCUCCAUGGUUGUUUGUGGAAUGUUACAUGUACAGAGUUAUACACCAGGCAUUCCAGGAUACUGUCUCACUCACUUACCCUCACUACGAUACUUUUAGAGAGGAGAAAUGUAAAGGACUAGAAGACUCUCUAUCCAACAUGAGCAAGAUAGCCACCCUCCUUCUCAACCAAUCUACUGAUGCACCUGCUGCCAAGUUCCUAGCAGAUUUUAUCAAACUGUCCCUGUGGGGCAAUAGAGCCGAUCUCUCUAUACUCAAGCACUUUGAUCUGGAUCUGGCUGAUGUGAACGACUCUACUAAGGGGGCGGAGGAUGGUGAUGAUAUGAUACUUUGUGAUCAUCUUGAUAAAGUUGUGGGGCAAUUGCUGGGGCUCAAAGGUGGAAAGGUGGAUAUAAUAUUAGAUAACAGUGGGUACGAGCUAUUUGGAGACAUGUGUCUAGCAGAAGUGCUACUGCGAACUACACAAGUAUCCUCUGUUACCUUCCAUAUGAAGAGUAUACCCUGGUUUGGGAGUGAUGUUACUGAGGGUGAUAUGAAGUUCAUGUUGGACUCCCUCAAAGAGAGUAACGACACGUCACUUACCAAGCUAGGUAACCUCUGGGAAACAAGGUUUGCUGAAAACAAGUUUAUUACGACUGAGCACGUGUUUUGGAACUCACCGUACGGUUUCAGCCAGAUGAAGACAGUCUCUCCGGAUCUGUAUUCAGAUCUCACUAAAGCAGAGUUUCUGUUCUUCAAAGGAGAUUUGAACUACAGGAAGCUAGUAAAUGACAGAAUGUGGCCCUAUGAUACGAGCUUCACUACAGCUCUAGAGGGAUUUAACCCUGCUAAAUUGUGUGCUCUCCGGACUAUAAAAAGUGAUUCUAUUGUUAACUGUGAUUCCAGUAGGGUAGAGAAAAUAGUGGAGGAGGACAAGGUUAAAGAUAAACUCUUCUGUGGGGCAUAUGCUUUGAUCUCCUCUAAUAUUGCGUGAUUUGAUCUCCUCUAAUAUUGCGUGAUUUUAUCUCCUCUAAUAUUGCGUGAUUUUAUCACCUGCAACAUUGCGUGAUUUUAUCGCUGUUUCUUUUACGGUUUUGCGCCUUCAUCUCAUUUUGGUUGCAUUUUUUAUUUCAAAUACAUUUUAUAAUAUUGUUGCGAACUUUCGAAUUUGAAAUUAAUUGUUCCUGAAAUCUUUAUUUUCCCAUUUAAAAAAAUUUAAAAUAUCUAGAUCCUCUAAACUAAUGAGUAUUGGUUGCUGUAUUAAGUUACUUGAUACAUUCACCAUUGUAUUUGUAAAUUGUUUUUGUUGAAUACGGAUAAUAUGCUACUUUCUGUACUGUUGUGUUAACAUAAAGUUGUUAUUGAUGAGUUACCCAAUCUUGUUUCGCAUCCAAAUUUGUGU